AUGGCAGCAGUCACAGCAGGUAGUGUCCGUGGUCUUUUACUCUCGCUGCUUCUCGCUUCAUCACAAAGCUACACGGCAGUUGGAUUUUCCAUUCCAGCAGUGGCUCCUUCUACCAAUUAUUGGUUGACAACAAGUAGUUCACACUCCACACAAUGUCAUGUACCAUCAUCAAAAUCACCGUCAUCAUGGAGACUCUUCUCCUCUGUACAGAGCCAUACUACAAGUACAAGUGCAGCAACAGACGAAAACACGGUCGUUCCAGCAGAGCCACAAGCAGCAGCACUCCCAGCAAAGAGACAAAAGGCCCCUUCGCAAAAAAGACAGAUGCGAUGGAUCCUCGAGAGCGUGGAAAAAUUAGUGGCUGCUUCUCAACCACCACAACAACAACAAGAGGAUGCGGAUCAGCUGCAAAAGCUGCUGAAUGCCUUGAAAUCGCUGGUGCAUUCCCGCACCACACAACACGUCAUUCAAGCGGGACGGCAAAUCGAACAGAGUGUCCGCCAAAUAAUGAUCAACAACAAUGACAAUGACAGCAAGAUACCCAUACUGGAACGAGUCGUCAAGGCCACUGCCAUGACGGGACUCUUGUCUAUUUCACUCAAUAUUACAACGCACUUGAUGCAAGAUUGCAAUCACACUCCUUCCACCAUUUGCCAAGAAGCCAUUUGUCAGGGACUGCGCAAAAUUGGAAGAGUCAACCAGAUGGAACAAUUUCUACUCCAAGUAGUACAAACAUCAUCUGCGCAGGUCGCCACCACCACAAGUACACCAGUCAGUCCAUUUGCCUACAAUCUAUUCCUGGCAGCACUCUGUGAUCCCAUUGUGGAUACCACCACGGAUCGAACUUUUUGGGCGCCCGUGGACUCGGUUGAAUAUUUGCAACGAGCCCGGAAAUGGUUGGACCACUCUCCCGCACUACUGCGCAUUCUUCCACCACCGGAUUCCACUUCGUAUGCCACCGUUCUCAAUGCGGCUGCCGAAAUGGGAAACCGGACUCUGGCAGAUCAAGUCUGGAACAUGGCACAACAGCAACCACAAAAACAACACUUCAGUACACAGCUCGUCAAUGCCCGCCUCAAGAGUUUGCAACAAGAUGAUGAGGCUGCCUUGCAACUCUACGAAACAUGGAUCCAAACGAAUGAUAAAAACAACGACUAUUACCACGAUUCUACAGUGCAAAAGACAAUCAUCCAGCCAGAUGGGUACACGGUGGAUUUCUUGCUCUUGCCAUUACUACGGGCCGGAAGAAUUGGAGAUGUCGAACAGAUUCUGGACCAAUUCAUCAAUUAUCAGUCAGAAACCGUUGUCGCCGACGCAUUUCAAGCAUUUCUUUGGACUCUGGUUGACAAGGGAAACGAUGUCGCCGCGGCCAAGGCCAUCUUUGACAUGUACGUGGGACCAGCAUUGGAGCCCGUCAUUUCACAUGCCAGUCUCGUGCGAUUGCUGCGGCCUCGAACACGUUACUUUACCAUUCUGCUAGAAGGAUACAAACGGAAGCUAUUGGCGGCGAAAACAGCUGCAGCAGCGGCGGCCAGUGUGGAAAAGGACAGCAAGCAACCAUCAUCCGAGGACAAGAGCUCGUCCGACGACAAUGCGUCCAUGAUGAUGCAAUCGGAACAGCAAUCUGCCACCACCACCAUGACACCAGCUUUGCUGGCAGAAGAAGCAUGGAAACUCUACAAUCUCAUGAGGAACUCUCCACUGCCAUAUAUACAACCAGAUGAAUUCACCAUUAGCACCAUGAUGAGUAUCUGCCAGACAUCAUCCGAACUUACCGAACUCUUGAAAGAUUCCCAAGGACGAGUCCAAAUGAAGGGGGCAGUACUACGGGCGGCCAUUACUGCUUUUGGGCAAGUCGGCGACCCAUCAAGUGCCUGUGUUUUGUUUGCUCACCAUGUCCCACCCGAACUACAAUCAGCCUCCCCACGCUACUGGAAUGUCUUGUUGGGAGCCAUUGCCAAAGACGAAAGUGGUGCAGCGUUGGAUCUCGCCAACGCCAGUAUUGGCACAAUCUUGUCGAGACAAAAAUCUUUAGCAAGCACCAACCAGCAACUGUUAAUGCAAUUGGACGGUCUGAACUCAAUUCAAGCCGCCAAGGCCAUUGUCACUGAAUACGUCCGAGAACCAAACUCGCAAACGUUUGCGUUAUACGCCCAGGUAGCUGCGUCCCACGACGACAACAAUUCCAACUUGGCAAUUGAAAUAUUCCGAAAUGCCACUUCCGCCGGGAUCCCCGCCGAUGGACGCUUUGUCAACGCAGUCCUGCGGUGUUUCGGAGCUGAUAUUGAUGACGCCGUGAAUGCAUGGAAGCAGGAAAUCCGAAGUGCCUGCUUGGCGCAUGAGAAUCGGGCCCGAUCCAAGCCGGUGUCGGCAGCUCGUACCAAGGGCAAGAACCUCGUCGCAGCCUACCAUGGACUCAUCUAUGUCGCCGGAAGAGCCUUGUGUCCAGAUGUUGCCUUGAGGUUGGUCUAUGCCAUGGGUAAAGAAGGGCUUCCUGUGGAUGAAACUGCGUUGAAUUGCUACAAAUCUGGUAAGCGGCGAGCGAGAGCAAAACGUGACAUGAAGUCUGAGCAGAAGAACGGAGUACGACAACGACUAAGGAAGCUGCUCAAUAUGGUUGACGCCUACGAAUCUCUGCUUUUUGUAGAGUGCGUCAAAUAUGACCAGCGGGACAAGAGGAGAUCCGGUGACAAGAAGAUUCGAAUCAUUAUUUAG